UCUCCUCAGUUUUGUUUCUCAAGCUGCGAGAGUGCAGCCAAAAAGCCACAAUGGCCUCUUACACUGCCUACAGUGGCUACAGCAAGCCACCUCAAUCUUACGUAGGCUCUUACUAUGAUGAGAAACAGGCCAAGGCCUAUACAGAUUACCAAGACUCUGUAUAUGAGGAAAAAAAGAGAAAUGAGAAGAGGAAAAGCCGGAAUGCCAUUUGUUGUGAGGUAGUGGCCCUCGUCAUCGGUUUCAUUGGACUAAUCGGAGUGGCAGCCGUGACAGGCCUGCCGAUGUGGAAGGUAACAGCCUUCAUCGAUGCGAACAUCAUUGUCAUGGAGACCCGCUGGGAGGGAUUAUGGAUGAACUGCUACAGACAAGCGAACAUCAGGAUGCAGUGUAAGGUGUAUGAUUCCCUGCUGUUUCUGCCACCUGACCUCCAGGCUGCUAGGGGUCUGAUGUGUAGCUCUGUGGCCGUGACCACCUUCGCCCUCAUAGUUUCAGCAGUGGGGAUGAAGUGUACCAGAGUGGUGGACCAUCGGGCUCGCACCAAGCAUAUUGUUCUUGUGGCGGGAGGCUGUCUCUUCCUCUUGGGCUGUAUCACUACCCUAAUCCCGGUGUCCUGGACCGGCCAUGUCAUCAUCAGGGAUUUCUACAACCCUCUGCUGAUUGAUGCCCAGCGCAGGGAGCUUGGGGAGGCUCUUUAUAUCGGCUGGGCGACCUCAGGUUUGCUUUUCAGUGCCGGGGUGAUCCUGCUGUGCCGUCAUGCUCCCCGUACCCAGGAUCCAGAGGAGAGGAUUGUGUACAACCCUGAGGGAAAUGUUUACCAACCUGCAUACACAUACCAGCCGUACACGUACCAGCCAGCGUACACCUACCAGCCUCCCUACUCAGUACCACCACCAGGAUCUGUAGUAUAUACACCAAGCCAGUACUAGUGUGGUGAAAUCAAACAAAGAGACAAUUUUGGACUUGUUUUUUUUUUUUUUUUUUUAUCUUGCCAGGAUUUGGUGCAUUUGAGAAUCAACUGACAAAUAUGACCAGAGGCUGCCACUGGAGAUGGCCAAAUCUUUCGUUACUUUCUCAAAGAGGGCCAAGUAUAUUGCAGAGUUUGAAAUUCAUUGUGAAACUAACUGUGUUUUGAUCAUGUGCUGAAUUACUGCAUGCGUUGUUUGUUACCAUAUGCUUAAUUUACAAUUAAUUACAUCAGUCAUUCAGGCACAACAUUUUUAAUCUGUAAUAAUACAAUAGCUAUUUGUUAGAUCAAUGUAUUUACAGCCUCUGCUGACAUGUUCUUUAAGACAUUAUGCACUAAGUCUUUUUCAGACCUCCAGAUGAUUUAUGUUCACUGUUUGGUUUCUGUUAUAACUGUACAUACUUUUUCAAAAUGUUGGCCUAAAUAAAUGUACAAACUACUUUAAAAUGUUGGCUUAAACAUAAACUCAAUUAUGGUUUCUAAUAAAGGAAUAAUGUUCAG